AUGGCGGCAACAGCAGCAGUCACCAGACAAGCAACGACAUGGGGCAAUUCAAGGUGCCGUUCGGUACGAUGUACUUCGAUUCUCGCUCAAAUGCUUUUGUUCGUCGUGGUCAUCUCUUCAGCGUUAUUAGUCUUCCAUAAGGGCUUUCCAUACCAGAAUGAACCAUUUCUUUCAAAGCCUAUUCAGCCUAUCAUCAACUUAAACAGAGUCUUGAAGCAAAACCUACGGGUGACUAGUGCCCUCCACUCGACCUACAGCCUCACAAAUAGGGAGCUUCACGUUGGCGACACGGCACAUUUUAUCAUCCAAGCGAAAGAUGCCGAAGGGAGGAACCAAGUCACUGGUGGCGAUUUCUGGUUUCCAGUUCUAACAACGGACGUUGGUGCAUACCCGGCCAAGGGAGGGCGCACUGCUGGAAAGGUUGUGGAUCACAAAAAUGGAUCUUACAGUGUGUUCUUUUACGCAGGAUGGGAAGGGACUGCAUAUGUUCAUGUGAAGCUAGCCGCAUCGAGCAAGGCUACAAAAUGGCUUCAACAAAAAUACUGGCCACAUGAGAAACGUGUGUUCUGGGAAGGGGAGUUUUCGAGCAACAUCGCAUCUGAACGGACGCUGUGUUACCUUCUCAGGAACGUGACGUCACCAAACUUGUGUAGGAUUGACUACAACCCAACUGCCAUGGGGUUGACGGUUUUUUACUGUGAAAAGCCACGAAUAUUAAGUUGCAAUGAUAUCCAAGCAGUGUAUUUAAAUCCUAAACUCAUUGACGAAAGGACCACUCAACUACUUUCAGACGACAAAGAGUUAUUCGAUAAUAAGCACUUCUUGGCUGUAGUUACACAUGGACCUGCCUCUGUUGCUAUUUCUGAAACAAACUUCGUUAAUCAAAGCAAAGCACCUAUCUGCAAGCCAGCCGACCAACGCCUUGUAAACGAUGGAUUCUGGCUCAACGAUAACUGGCACAACCUCCAGUGUAAAGUUCGUAGAUGGGAUGACGUUCGAGCUGUAAAGAAUUGUCUCCGUCAUAAACACGUGUUCAUUCACGGAGAUUCAAAUGUGAGGAUUUGGUACAGCGUCCUUAUGAAGAAAAUGGGUUUACCAUGGGAACAUUUAGGAAAAGGUACAACCGCGUUUAUAAUGCAUGAUUAUUUAAAAACUGACGACAUAGAGAUGAGUUUUUAUUUCCACCCCCGUGUCGUUACGAAAAGAAAACUAACACUAAAGACAACUCGUUACGAGGUUGAUGUACUUGAUAACAUACCAAGCGUUUCUUGUGGCAAGUACAUCAUCGUGCUGUGCCCAUGGGGACAUUUCACACAGUGGACUACUGAAAGCUACGCCGAGCGCACGCAACUCCUCAAAGAGGCGGUUGUACGGUUCCGGGAGCGAUGCCCUGACGUCCCUAUCGUGAUCAAGGGUGUGCACCCGAGAGAACAUGGCUCGCUCCUCGGAAGGGUCUAUGCUAGUGACUAUACCAUAUGGAAAUUAGGAGUAAUAUUGAGGAACACAUUUCGUGGUACUGGGGUGUUUUACUACGACGUCUGGCAAAUGAACUUAGCUUACGGGACACAAAAUAUUCACAUGCCUUUACCUGUCAUCAAUGAAGAGAUUAACUGGUUUUUAUCGUACGUUUGUAAAUGAAUUCAAAUAGUAUCGACCAGAUUUCCUAAAAAAAAAACUUUGAGCGGCAUUUUUGAGUAUAAGUUGGUAACUAGUUGAUAACUAGUUUGCCUUAUUCUGAGUCCGAAAAUGAUAGAUACCAAGGCAAAUGUGCAAAUAAGUUUGUAUGCUAACUAGUACUUUGAGUAAUUACCAAUAUUGUAAAGUGCCUUUAAAACUACUACGUUAAAACUACUAUAAUAGUUCAAACUACUUGCCAUGCCAAUUUUGGUAUUUAGAGAAAAUGUAUUUACUUUUUCUUAUAAACGAUAGAGGCUGCUAUUAUAAGAUAGAUACAACGAAAGGUAAGCUGUCGAUAAGAUUGCAAAAAUAAUAGUGUCACAAGCAAAUUUCCAUUGUGUUUCUAUUGGUCGUGACCUCAGACCAAUCAAAACAAACCCAGCUACGGUAGCCUUUGGUCACUCUGCAUUUAUAUCCAAUGACAUCAUUGUAUCCAAUGGAAUCACUGGAUCUGAGUAGCAGGUACCUGUCUUUAUACUUGCUAAUAAAGACAAGAGCCCAGUCUACAUCACUCUCUACCUUCGCAUUCAUCCAAACUGCACCACAGUAAGAAUCAUGAACUCUUUGUAAAGAUUCGAUGUAAGACUGAACGUCCCCCCAAAACAGUGCAAUAUAAUUUAAAUCCGCCUUCUCGUGCCUGCAAUGCGUAUAGUAAACACACGUGCAAAGUACAUGUACGUCCAAGU